AUGGACAAGUUCCACGACAGGCAGUACGUGUGGCUGCGGAGCCGCGUGCACGGCAAGUACCUCCACGCCAACAUCGACGGGAAGAGCGUCUCCCUCCACCGCCGCCGCGCGGCGCUGAGGGCGGCCUGGGCGGUGCACAUCCACCAAGGCGACGCGCCCGAGCCGUACCUGCUCCUCUACAACGCCGCCAACGGCCGCUACCUCGCCGCCACGGCCACGCGGGCGCCGCCCGGCCACAUCGGCUUCCGCGCCGAGCAGCGCGACUACGACCAGCCGCAGUUGCAGGCCGUCAUGUGGCUGGCCGCCGAGACGGGAUUCAGGGACGACGUCCUGCUCCGCAACGCCGGCGGCCGCUACCUCCGCGCCAACGGGAAGUACACCGGCAAGUACCUACGCUUGAAGAACGUCACCGUCGACGGCAUCAACAACGUCAGCACCAUGAUGUACUGGACCGUCGAGCCUAUCCCUCUCAGAGACCCGAACAGUCCGCUAGGCCUAGCUCCUCCGACUCUGGGCCGCAGACCCCGAGAGCUCCCCGACAUGCUGGGACGCGAGCGAGGGGUGCGGCGGCUGAUCCGGUUCGUGCGAGCGAGCGCCGAGGGGGGCUUCGCCGAGGACGGCUGGUCCGAGUUCCAUUUCACGGGGAGGUCCGUGUACGAGCUGAGGAACGAGCUGUACAGCCGCAUCGGCCCCCACCGCCACCCCCACCCCGACAUCCUCCCCUUCGACAUAGUCAUGUGCGUCCGAGCGGGCCGCUACGGGCGUUUGAUCCCGCUCGUCGUCAACCUGCCCCACGGACGCAACGGCGAGACCCUCCAGAUUGUCCUGUGCCUGUCCAGGACCCCUGCCUAUGGUAGGCUGCGAUACCCGGAUGUCCACGCAGAGUAGAGAAAGAACGGAGCAGGAGUCCUGACAGUUCAACUCCUCAGAAUUUUGGCCGCCUCGGACACAAUGACAGCAGAACUAGACGCCUACUUUUACAUAUAGAUUGAUAUAGGUCGAGAAAACUUAUCAGCUCUUGUGUUUCUUCUGCUAGCUAAAACUUGCACUGUUUUGAGUGUUACUCGCGGUUCUAUGAUUCAGAACUGCUGGGAUCGUUGCCUCCAACUGUUCGAGUGUUGCUCUUCUGGCAUUCAUCUCUGUGGUGCUUCCUGGAUGAAGCAUUUACCUGUAGGGGUUCUUGCUAUGGGUUGAUGAUCUUCCAUUUCUUUUCUGGA